AUGUCGAAAACCAACGAUAAAAAAUCACUCUCUUUACAUUUCAUUGCUGGCGGUGGUGCCGGUCUCACAGAAGCAUUAUGUUGUCAUCCACUUGACACAAUAAAAGUGAGGAUGCAGUUGAGCAAAAAGUCGCCAAGACCGGGUUUCAUUUCAGUUGCCGUAAACCUCGUAAGGAAGGAAUCCCCGCUAGCUUUGUAUAAAGGUUUAGGUGCAGUGGUUACAGGUAUCGUCCCGAAGAUGGCGAUAAGGUUCUCUAGUUUUGAAUUGUACAAAACCUGGUUAGCAAACAAAGAUACUGGCAAGGUAUCGACGACUGCUACGUUUUUUGCUGGUCUUGGAGCUGGUAUCACGGAAGCAGUAAUGGUAGUGACACCAAUGGACGUGAUAAAAAUCCGGUUACAGGCACAACGUCAUUCCCUAACCGAUCCAUUAGACAUUCCAAAAUAUCGUAAUGCUGCGCACGCCGCAUUCACUAUUGUAAAGGAGGAGGGUGUGCUAGCGUUGUACAAGGGAGUUACAUUGACGGCACUUCGACAGGCUACAAAUCAGGCGGUUAACUUUACCGUGUAUCAGGAGAUGAAAAAACGAAUGAAACAUAUACAAGGAACAAAAGAUGGGCAAGAGUUACCGAGUUAUCAGCAUUUAUUAAUGGGUGGAAUUAGUGGUGCUAUGGGUCCUCUCGCUAACGCCCCAAUCGACACAAUUAAAACUCGUAUUCAACGUUCAAGUAGUCCCGAAAAAGGCUGGUCCAGAUUCAAAUCGGUGACCGUUUCCUUGAUCCAGAAUGAGGGUUACUUCGCAUUGUACAAGGGUCUACUUCCACGUUUAAUGCGCGUCGGUGUAGGACAAGCAGUGACAUUUGCGGCAUAUGAGCGAAUUAAAAUUUACAUGGAGAUUUUGUCACGGCAAGGUUGGUUUGCGGUUGAUGAACGAGCAUGA